UCAGAAGGCAGAAAUGGGACCAAUCACAAUUUGUGAGCUGCUGAAUGACACUGGGAGUCCUGCCUCUGAAACUUUUGUUAUUUUUUCCCCUCAACUUACUUCAAUUGUUCCCACAACUUAGUCACAGACUCGGACAAGUUGCCAGAGAUCUACAGACACUUCCCACAGCCCUGAGCAGGCUCCUCUCUGCUUCACUAACAGUCACGCCAGAGGUGGGUGACAGCGCCAUGGAGGAUUAACAAGCAAGCUCCACAAAGGCUGUCUAAAACAAAAAAGAGAAGAUAAUAGGCACUUCGCACUGUUCCUGACAACUCUUCUUCUUUCCUGCCCUCCUAAAACCUCUGAUUUGUGCCCUCUGCUUUCUCGUUGCCAUGGAGAAGGUCCAAUACAUAACCCGCUCUGCUCUGAGGAGAGCCUCAACUAUUGAGGUCAAUCCACAAGCACGCCAAAGGCUCCAAGAGCUCUUUGUGAAUUUCUGCCUGAUUUUAAUUUGCCUCUUGCUGAUCUGUAUCAUUGUGAUGCUCCUCUGAAGUUCCAGCACUUCUCUGCACUGUCCUCUAGGAAAGUCACCCGAAAGGGAAGAGAGACCUACACCCGCAACUCCCAAUGCAAGGAUCCUCUUGUGAGAGGGGCUAGCACUCGGACUAGAGCUGUAUGCCAACCAUCGCACUAUUCUCAUUCUACCUGCUACAUGUAUUAAAACCACACUUAUUCUGUCCAGAACAGUGUUUAGAGCCUGUUGUUACAAAGCUGUGCAUGACCUAAUUUGUCAUCUCAGUCAAGAGAUGUCUUUUCUGAAUGGGGUAAAGCACUGCCUCUUCAUGGAGCUGGUAAGUUCCUCAAUGUUUUAGCUAGGUCACACAAACAGCAGCUUCACUUUUGGGGGGACUGAGCGUUUUUAAGUUUCUCUGAAAAACCUUAAUCCCCUGGAGAGGUUCUAAAUUCAGCCCACGUCCACCCAAAGAAGAGAUACAGGCACACAGCCCUCAACGCAUCAUAGGAAAAUUUCUGCUCUGCUUACUUCAAGGUGCUGCAUUAUCAACUGAAGGCAUUCAAAUUGUUUUAGUGUCUUUAAGGGAAUAUAAGAAUAAAUGAAAAAUGUCUUCCAACCCAAAAAUAAAAACUACAUAUGCUUUUCUCCCUACUUAAGGGAUCUUAUACACACACACACACGUAUGUGCAUAUAUACACACACACACACCCCUUGGAUCCUAAAGAAAAAAAGGCAACUUCAUUUACAGUAUUUUUCACUAGAUGCAUCCUUACAGAACUACAUGACAUCUGGAAAGUUUUUUCACUAUAUUUUGCAGAAAAAUGGACACUAUCACACUGGUAUUUAAAGAGAGAAUCUGUUGCUUGUUUAGUGGCUGGCCCAGCCCAAACCACGACACGAAGAUUUAGUUUUCUGUAGUCAUUUAACUGCCAUGACAAUUCGCACAACUCAAAAAUCAAAAAUAGUUCUCAGAGUUCUUAUUAUUUGGCUUCCAACAACUUUAUUGCGACCUGCUGUAAUUUAAGCAAUAAUCUCCUUAGUGUAAAACUACAGAAAACUUGGUAUUUGCCAAUGUCACUCAAGAUGGUUAACCUCUGAUGUGGUAAAUAGAAAGGUUUCGGUCUCCCUUACUGACAUGACUGAAGCGUAUCAUACAAAUACAAGUAACAUCACCACCUCCAACUGCAAAUGCCUGUUAAAGAACAAGCAAGUGUUUUUGUAAAAUAAUACAUAAAAAAUAAAAUAAAUUAUAACCAAUUAUGCACAGGAGGGAAAGCAUUGCAGAAAUAUCUUUUCAACAUAUAAACCAGAGUCUACACAUAUAAAAGAUGAAGUUUCCACUCCAGCAGUUGUCAGUAACAAAACUGAGCAGUAGAUUUUCAGCCCUCCCACACCUGGUGUUCCUGGUAUUAAGCUAAAUUCCUAGAAACUUUAUAUGGUUUUCAAAUUUAAAGAAAGCUCAAGAAUCAACAGACAGAGGUCAAACAGGCAUUUUAUUUUUUUUUAAACAGGCACCUUUCUAUACCACCCUGUGUGAACAAUCCUACUGAUGAAUGCAGAAAAUAAAUACAAGUUUAUCUUAAUCUUG